UAUUCUCUCGCUGGAGUCGCUGCUAUUCUCUCGCUGCCUCAGUGCCUCCCUAGACUCCACUGCCUCCCGCUCCCUCUCGCCGCCGCCCGACGCAGCAGAUCAACCGCCAGUCCACCGUGCCUCCCGGUCCCUCUCGCUGCCGCCGCCGACGCAGCAGAUCAGCUGCCAGUCCGCCACCUACCGCUGCCUCCUGGUCUCUCUCUGCCGCUGCCACAGUGUCACCGAAGAUAUUUUUCCCAGCCAAGGAGAUUCCAAUGCCCGAAGUGGAGCGCGCCGCUAUUAAGCAAUCUUGCAUCUUCUUCUCACUUGGCUUUCCCCACUUCUUCCCCUACACCCUAUAUGGAAUCAGAAUCAUCGACGCCUUCACUUUUGGUGUUAUGCGGGAAAUCUGCAGCUGAGAAUGAACUGGCCAAGUCAUUGAAGAAUAACAAUGCUAUGAAACUCCUUGGGGACGAUGAAGUCGAAGUUGUUUUGUAUUCGGAGGUUGAAGAUAGCCUUGGAAACGAAGGGUUUCGCAUUAGAGAUUACUUGAAAUCCCUUUUGACGAUGAGCCUUGGGAGGUUCCUUCUUUACUCUCCUAGAUUGCCUUCAACACAGGACGUCGUUGCACGAAAUUUCUGUGAGCUGCCAGUUGGUGCAGUGUGUGUUGCUGAUGUGCAAUUCAAGGGGCGAGGUCGUUCAAUGAAUGUGUGGGAAUCACCAAAGGGUUCCCUUCUAUUUUCCUUUACCUUACAAAUGGAAGAUGGACGAAUGGUGCCACAUGUUCAGUAUGUAGUCAGUCUUGCCAUGACAGAUGCUAUUAAUGAUCUCUGCAAGCAAUAUGGUAUACGACAUCUUGAUGUAAGAAUAAAGUGGCCAAAUGAUUUAUAUUUAGGUGGGCUUAAGGUUGGUGGCAUUUUGUGCACUUCAACAUAUAAGUCACAGAAGUUUAAUAUCAGUGCUGGAAUAGGCAUAAAUGUAGAUAAUGAAAAGCCCACAACAUGCUUGAAUGCUGUUCUGCAGAAAUCAACUUCUGUUCCAAACAUAUUUAAAAGGGAAGCUAUUAUGGCAGCCUUUUUCAAUAAGUUUGAGACCUUCAUUGAUGUUUUCUUUAAUCAAGGAUUUCAGCCUCUUGAGGAGUUGUACUACAAGACUUGGCUCCACAGUGGACAGCGAGUUAUUGUACAGGAGAAAACUGAAAACCAAGAUCAGUUUGUAGAGAAUGUAGUGACCAUUCAGGGCUUAUCAUCCUCAGGUUACUUAUUAGCCAUAACUGAUGAUGGUCAAACAUGUGAACUUCAUCCCGAUGGCAACAGGUAUCAUAUUUUCUCAUAUUCAUUAUCUGUCUUGUGUGUGUUUAAGUAGUGAUCAGAUUGGGAAAUGCUAACAUUUCAGCCAGAAAACCUCGUUACCCGCAUUAUAUGUUUCUGCUUUAGCAUACAGCACAUUAUUGUGCUUCUAUUACAAAA